AAAACAGCAGUAGCAUCCGCACGACAUCAGACUCUCCCUCCUCUCUCCAUUUUUAGUCUUCCGAAAAAUCCAUUCCGUCAAACAAAGCUCUCCUCUUUCUCUCUCUCUCCCCCGUCCCCUCUUUCCAGUCAUCGCCGGAGCAAAAGGUCCGGCGGCCACGAAUUGGAGGUAGCGAAUUCGGUUCCUGGAUUCUCACGACCAAGGUGAUGAAAUCGCCAUUACGCAAGUUCCGGGGCCUCUCCCUCCCCCACCACCACAAGGAGAGGAAGGACCAGCGCCCGCCGCCAGCCAAGCUCGACGAGCUCGUCGACGCCGCCCAGGAGAUGGAAGAAAUGAGGAAUUGUUAUGAUAGCUUGCUGUCGGCUGCAGCUGCAACAACAAAUAGUGUAUAUGAGUUUGCAGAAGCUAUGGAAGAAAUGGGAACUUGUUUACUUGAGAAAAGCGCAAUUGAUUACGAUGAUGAUGACAGUGGAAGAGUACUGAUGAUGCUAGGAAAGGCCCAGUUUGAACUACAAAAGUUUGUGGAUAGCUAUCGUACAAAUAUCAUAACUACAAUCACAAACCCAUCAGAGUCACUUCUCAAGGAGCUACAAGUUGUAGAGGAAAUGAAAGACCAAUGUGAUCAGAAAAGAGAGGAGUAUGAGACCUUGCGGGCAGCUUAUAGAGAGAAAGGACGAUCAAGACAUUCCAAAGUUGAAACAUUCUCCCCAGAACAACUGCAAGCAUCCUUUCUCGAGUACCAAGAGGAUGCAGCAUUAUUCAUAUUUCGCUUGAAAUCAUUGAAGCAAGGUCAAUUCUUAAGUAUUUUGACACAGGCUUCUCGCCAUCAUGCUGCUCAGUUGAGUUUUUUCAGGAGAGGGUUAAAGUAUCUAGAAGCUCUAGAACCUCAUGUAAAAGCAGUUGCCGAGAAGCAGCACAUUGAUUAUCACUUUAGUGGACUGGAUGAUGACACUGAUAAUGAUGAUUACAGCUCUUACCAUGACAAUCAUAGUGAUGGCAGUGAGUUGAGUUUUGACUACGGGGUAAACUUUCCUGCUUCCAGAAGUUCAAUGGAUUUGGACCAGGCUAAUAUGACGAGUCCCUCGAAACCUCUGAAGGAACAUGAGCAGGAAUCUGCCGAGCAAAUAGAGACAGAUUUUGCAGCUCCGCGAGUGAAACCAGAGUUUGGUACUCAAUCAGCACCAAUUUUUGCAGAGAAUGUACUUGAUCCAUCUGCGAGGCUUCGAAAGUUGAAUUCUCCAAUGUUCUCAAGUCCACUACAAUCAAGAACAAAUUAUUCCUACAAACUCCCAACACCAGCUGAUGAUAAGAACUCCAAUUCAGCAGGCACCAACAGAUCGCCUCAUCCAGAUAAACCUGAGAAAUCACACAUGGCAGCAAAUCUGUGGCAUUCCUCUCCACUGGUGAAAGAUUUCAAGCCGAGCUCAUUGUAUAGCGGACCUGUUAAGAAGCCAUCAAGUACCGAGGGGAUGUCAUCACCAUUAGUUUAUUCCUACUCAACUUCAGAUUCUAAGAAAAUGAAGAGGGAAUCUUUUUCUGGCCCAAUUCCAAGCAAAGCAGGAUUAAGCAAGCCCAUGUUUUCAGCUGCUGGUCAUAGAGCAUCGAUAAACUAUCCUCCUCGUGUUAUGUCAACAAAAUCACACGGACCAGGUUGGCAGCCAUCUGUGGCUCCAAAAGUUCCUAGGAUCACUUCACUCCCAAUAACAUCCCCCAGAAUUAGUGAGCUUCAUGAGCUUCCUAGGCCUCCUGCAUCUGUAGAUGCUGUCCGUCCUGGUUUGGUUGGAUAUUCUGGUCCUCUGGUGUCAAGGCGACAGAUACCCAAUGUACCAACCCGUGCGUCCCCACCAUCACACACAGCAUCACCGCUUCCGCGGCCACCUGCUGCCAUGACUCGCAGUUACUCUAUACCUUCAAACAGCCAAAGAACACCUAUUCUAACUGCAAAUAAGUUGUUGGAGUCUAGGCAUAGCAGAGAGAGCAGUGAGGUUUCUUCGCCCCCGCUGACACCUAUAUCCUUGGCAGAUGUUUCCCGCAAAUCAACAGCAGAGACAACAGUAGACAACCGAAGGAUAAAGGAAACCUCGUGAGUGCUCACGCCCGUACCUGUUUAUAGUGUAGGUAAUUUUGUAUGUAAUUAGUUUGCACUGUAGGCUUCCUUCAACAGUCUUGGUGUUUUUUGUGAAACAGGGAGGUGAAAUAAAGAGCAAUAUUUUACCUCAGUUCA